CAACAACAAAACUUGCUCAAACUCAGCGUAAAAUUCGCAUUUUCCCCAUAAAUACCCCACAACGAAUAGAAAAUGGAUCUAUCGCGUGCACCAAACGAAAGAAAGCUAUAUCUGUGCAAGUGGUACUUUAAAGCCGGAUUUGCGCUGCUUCCUUUUCUGUGGUCCAUCAACACAAUCUGGUUCUUCAAUGAAGCGUUCCGCAAACCUGCUUACGAUGAGCAGAAGGAGAUUAAGAAAUAUGUGAUAUUCUCGCUAGUAGGAUCGAUAGUGUGGAUUGUUGCAAUCAUUUCGUGGGUUAUCACAUUCCAGCUAAAGCGAACCGAGUGGGGAGAGUUUGCCGACAACAUCAGCUUUAUCAUACCUCUAGGGCAAGCGUGAGGCUUCAACCGUAACUAAUUAAUUGUACUUUUAAGAGCGAAAAUCAUUGUCAUCAAGUAUUAACUUCUAAAAUGGGAAUAAUUCUUACUGUAAUGUAAAUCCUAGAAUGAAUGUUAAUUUCACUCAAAAUUACUUUUUUCUAAUAAAGCCCCAUUA